UCCGUUUUUUAAAUGAUGAUAAAGUAAUGACUCGUGACAUAUUUCACAGUGUAAUAAAUCAUGUAUUUAUUGUGAAUUAUUGUUAUUUGAAAGACAUUGUGUAAUGUUACGGUAAGGUGAUUUAUUAAUGGCGGUUCAACGCCUCCGAGUGUGUCCUCAGGAUCCCUCGGCCGCCGCGGAAGAAGGAGGAGGAGGGAGGGGAGAGAGGCAGGCCGGAGGCCGCCGCAGCUGCGACACUUUCCGGCGUUGUUGAAGCCGAGCUCCGGUGGUGGAGGCGACACCGGCGUACAGCGGCUCCUGUCGGAUCAGCUUCCCCGGCGAGGCGGCACGGAAGCCGGCUUCAGGUCAGUCGCGCCCUCGCCUUGGAUACACUUCACACUACCGAGCUCCAGCGGCGGUACUUUGGUCGGACUUGACCCGCUCGCUACUCACUUGGCACAGGGCGACACGAGUUCCACCCGGACAGGGGGUGGUGAUGGAUGGCUUUGGGGGUGCGGUUAAAGCGUCAGGCGGGCAGGUGUUGGUCCACACUUUGAAUGGGACUUUGACAUGCAAACACCGGGCAAAGAUUACAACUAUCAAACUGGGCAUAGUUUUUCAGACAUGGUGGACACCCAGCAGCUCUUCGCCUGGCCGGUGGGCUUCAGUCUGAGCACCGUGGAUCUGCCCGAGCUGGACGACAGCAGCCACUCGGCGCACAUGACGACGUUGGACUACGCCACCAUCUCCUCCUCUUCCUCCUCCUCCCUGUCGCCCUCGCUGAUGGCCUCCAUGUCCUCCGUCGACGUGGCCUACGACCCAAGUCCUCCGCAGAGUGAGGACCGCUUGACCAACCUGGACUACACCAGCAUGCACAGCUACAGGACCCAGGCAGACGCACACAAUUUCAUCAAGCUGGAGCCAGAGUCGCCUCCUCAACAGGCCGACAGUCCAUCGGUCUCCAAGCUACCGGAUGACACCUCGACUGCAGCACUCAACAUCGAGUGCCGUGUGUGUGGAGAUAAAGCUUCUGGCUUUCACUACGGCGUGCACGCCUGUGAAGGAUGUAAGGGUUUCUUCAGGCGCACCAUCAGGUUGAAGCUGGUGUACGAUCACUGCGACCUCCACUGUCGCAUUCACAAGAAGUCCCGCAACAAAUGUCAAUACUGUCGCUUCCAGAAGUGCUUGAACGUCGGCAUGUCGCACAACGCUAUUCGCUUUGGCCGGAUGCCCCAGGCGGAAAAAGAGAAACUUCUAGCGGAGUUCUCAUCGGACAUUGAGCACAUUCAUCCGGAGGCAGCAGAUCUGAGGGCCUUGGCCAAACAUUUGUAUGAAGCCUAUCUGAAGUACUUCCCCCUCACCAAGGCCAAGGCCAGGGCCAUCCUCUCUGGCAAGACCGGAGACAAUGCACCUUUUGUCAUCCAUGACAUGAAGUCUCUGAUGGAGGGCGAGCAGUUCAUUAACUGCAAGCAGAUACCCGUCCAGGAAUACCAGCAACAGACCUCCGUCUUUUCCGCCUCAAACGGAGGCGCUUUUCCGGGGUCGGAGUACGGCAUUGUGGGAAUGACAAGCGCCCUCGAGCUGCGUUUCUUCCACAGCUGUCAAUCGCGCUCGGCUGAAGCUGUGAGAGAAGUAACGGAGUUCGCCAAGAGCAUCCCGGGAUUCAUCGACCUGGAUCUCAAUGAUCAGGUGACUUUGCUCAAGUACGGCGUGAUCGAGGUGCUGAUCAUCAUGAUGGCGCCGCUGAUGAACAAAGACGGGACGCUCAUCUCUUACGGGCAGAUCUUCAUGACGCGGGAAUUCCUCAAGAGUCUCAGGAAGCCAUUUUGCCAACUGCUGGAGCCCAAGUUCGAGUUCUCCGUCAAGUUCAACAUGCUGGAGCUUGACGAUAGCGACAUGGCGCUCUUUCUCGCCGUCAUUAUCCUCAGUGGAGACCGCCCGGGCCUCCUGAACGUGAAGCCCAUCGAGCAGCUGCAGGAGACGGUGCUGCACUCGCUGGAGCUCCAGCUCAAAGUCAACCACCCGGACUCUCUGCAGCUCUUCGCCAAGCUCCUCCAGAAGAUGACCGACCUGCGGCAGAUCGUCACCGACCACGUGCACCUCAUCCAGCUCCUGAAGAAGACCGAGGUGGACAUGUUCCUGCACCCGCUGCUGCAGGAGAUCAUGAAGGACCUGUACUAGAGGGAGAAGCGAGCACUGAGACGGUGUGUUGCGAAAGGGAAUCCUUCUGCCUUACGACGAGAGGAGGUGACAGAAAUUGAGAAAGAGAUGAGGAAGAAGGUCAGGAGUGUUGGAAGCCGUCUAGACGGCCACGGCAGCAGCUUGCAAAACCACCGCUUGCUGUUCCAAUCAGGGCGAGGGGCCGCCCCGUCGGGAAGGCGGGCCCCUCGCGCUUUGAUUGGCAGACUCCACCGAGUGCCUUGGAGGUUCAUGUAACUGUGAAGAUUCCACACCACGUGCCGCACAGCAGUGUGUGUUUGUGUGUGGGGAUGACCUCGUGUUAAGGUCCUGUUUACAUGCACACAACUAUAGCCUAUCAAAAGUCAUUUUAUUACAUCUUCUCAAGGGAUAAUACCACUUCUUGCACUGCAAAAAGUCAGUGUUGAAAAACAAGAACAAAAAAAUACAAAAAUGAGGGGUAUUUUACUUGAACUAAGCAAAAUUAUCUGCCAAUAGAACAAGAAAACUCGGCUUGUCAAGACUUUCCAAAACAAG